AUGUCUAUCUUAACAAAAUUAAUACUUAUUUCUUGUUUUUUAUGCAUUCUUCUAAAUCUUGUUGAGUCAAAAAAAUUGAGAAACAUAGACGCAUAUAUAGAUUAAAGAAUAAAAGACGCAGUAAGUGAUCUUGCUAAUUAUAGAAUAUCAGGCCUUAAAAUUUAACCUGCAGCUUAAGAUGGAAUUGAAUUAGUAGAAACAUACCCAGUUGAGGAAGACAUUUUCGAAAUACUUUUGGCCUAAGACUAAGAUAAAUCUUCGAUUUACAUGAUAAACGUAAGCUAUGAAAUUGAAACCACUUAAAAGAUGACUAUCGAUAGAGUAAUAUUAUGCUAUAUAUCUCCAGCAGAUAAAGGUGUUAAAUCAAUUAUAUGGGAAAAAGCUUUCUCUAUUUUUAAAAGUCACUUUUAUUCAACUACUUAAUAAUUUAAUGAUUUUAGUGGAUUUGAAAAAGAGACUAUCAUGGGUUAGAUGCCUUAACCUUGGUUUUUUUGA